GUCACUUCCUUUCGGGAGCUGUCAGGGUCACGUGAUGUGGUAUUAGCUCGCCGACUCUGCUAUGUUUUUCGUUUGUUUCAUUGUUUCAGAAAUGCGACGUUUCAUGCUUUUAUCGGUGUGUUGUCGUCGAGGGACGUCCCGCGGCCGCUCUAAGACCCGUUUUCAACGACCUCCGUCGAGCACUUUCGCCCUAAAAACGGCUGCAGUUGGCCUGCACGUCACGUGACCAGCAUGCGACGGAGCGUUUGAUAAAAAGAUGGCGUGAGCUCGAGCAGAGAGGACAAACAAGCACCGAACUGCUGAGAGCUGCUGACCGUGAGCCGCAGCUCCCAUAUUAAAAUGGAUCCUGGACAGGAUUUGCUACUCGCUGCUUUAAGUGAGAGUGGAAUUUGCCCAAAUGAUAUUGGGCUAUUUGAUGUGGAUUCUCAGGAUGUUACACAGCCCCCUACAGCCCAGCAAUCCAUCUCCAUCAGUGCUCUGGAUGUUGGGGUGGGAGCAGAAUCAGUGGAAGUUGUUCGACCUGAGCCUCAAAGUGCAGUUCCAGUUGUUGCAAUCAGACAUAAGCCUCAGCCAUCAACAACCACAUUUGUCUUAAAUCAACUGAAUCAGUUGCCAUCACUAGGGGGUACUGUUACCAAACAGUCAGCUACCAACCCAAUCAAACAUACCAUAACAGUCACCAAGGUGGUCCAUGUCACCAAUUCAGGACUGCGUGCUUCAGCAACCCCCUCACCCGCAAGCUUUCCUCCUUCAGUGUCCACGUUAGUGCCUUCUAACAAAGAUCAGCAGAUUCAGCUGAAAGAUCUUCUUCGGCCCAACAAUAUGAAAACGACAGUUUUAAAGGGCAGCAGUCUAAUGGAGCUGAUGAAACUUAAACCUCCACCGGACAUUGCUCCACCUGUGGCAACAGCUACAGCCACAGGUCCAGGUGAAAUUAACAAUGGGAUUAAAAAAGAAGGGUUGGGUAAAGAUGGCGCCAGGAUCUGGAUUAAAGACGACAUUAAAAUGCAAAACUUUACAAAUACUCUGAAAGGCCUAAAAGAAGAGGAUGAACAUGAGGAGGAAGAGGAAGAAGAGCUCGGUCACGCAGAGACUUAUGCAGAGUACAUGCCAAUGAAAUUAAAGGUUGGCCUGAGACAUCCUGAUCCUGUAGUAGAGACCAGCUCUCUCUCCAGCGUGAGUCCUCCAGAUGUGUGGUACAGACAGUCCAUCCCAGAGGAGGUGAUUGAUCGUGGCUGCUUGUCAGCACUGCAGUUGGAAGCGAUCACAUAUGCUGCUCAGCAACAUGAGACAUUCCUACCCAAUGGUGACAGAGCUGCCUAUCUGAUUGGUGAUGGAGCUGGUGUGGGGAAAGGCCGCACUAUUGCAGGGAUUAUUUAUGAGAACUACCUUCUGGGCAGAAAGAGAUCACUUUGGUUUAGUGUCUCCAACGAUCUAAAGUAUGAUGCUGAAAGGGAUUUGAGGGACAUUGGAGCCAAGAAUAUUCAGGUUCAUUCUCUGAACAAGUUUAAAUAUGGAAAAAUAUCCUCAAAACACAAUGGGAGUGUGAAGAAAGGGGUGAUCUUUGCCACCUACUCGUCCUUGAUAGGAGAGAGCCAAUCAGGAGGGAAGUACAAGACCAGAUUUCAGCAACUUCUCCACUGGUGUGGGAAAGACUUUGAUGGAGCUAUUGUCUUUGAUGAGUGUCACAAAGCGAAAAAUGUUUGUCCCAUCGGGUCUUCCAAACCAACAAAGACUGGCCUUGCAGUUUUGGAGCUGCAGAAUAAACUUCCCAAAGCUCGGGUUGUUUAUGCCAGCGCUACUGGAGCCUCUGAACCACGAAACAUGGCGUAUAUGAAUCGGCUGGGCAUUUGGGGUCAUAAAACUCCGUUUAGAGAAUUUGGCAAUUUUAUUCAAGCAGUUGAACGCAGAGGUGUUGGCGCCAUGGAAAUAGUAGCUAUGGACAUGAAACUCAGAGGGAUGUACAUAGCCAGACAGUUAAGCUUUACAGGGGUGACUUUCAAGAUUGAUGAGGUAUCUCUAACUCACCAAUACAUCAACAUGUACAACAAGUCUGUGAGGCUGUGGGUAAGUGCACGCGAGAAGUUCCAACAGGCUGCUAACCUCAUGGAGGCAGAGCAACGCAUGAAGAAGUCCAUGUGGGGUCAGUUCUGGUCCGCCCAUCAGAGGUUUUUUAAAUACCUCUGCAUCGCCUCCAAAGUCCGCCGGGUGGUCCAGUUAGCCAGAGAGGAAGUUCAGAAUGGAAAGUGUGUGGUGAUCGGUCUUCAGUCCACUGGUGAGGCGAGAACAUUGGAGGCCUUGGAGGAAGGAGGAGGAGAGCUCAAUGACUUUGUGUCGACAGCAAAAGGCGUGCUGCAGUCCCUGAUUGAGAAGCAUUUUCCAGCUCCAGACAGACAAAAGCUUUACAGCUUGCUAGGCAUUGACCUCUCUGCAAAAAAGACACCCUCUCCCACUGACAAUACAGCAGAGUCUGAACAAAAGGGAAAGAAGAGAAAAGGCUCAGAGGCCAAAAAACAGCCUAAGAAGAAGCCUCGCAAGCAUGGUGGUCUGUCAGGUACGAGCUCAGAGGAGAGUGAGUCUGGGGAGUCGGACAAAGAGUCUGGGAAAGACAGCGAUGACAGCUUCAAAUCUGUCAGCUCAGCAGAUGAAGAUGAUGAUUUCAAUCCUUUCAGAGACGAAUCUGAUGAAGAUGAGGAAGAUGAUCCUUGGCUAAUCAGGAAGGAGCCAAAGAAAGGCAAAGAGAAGAAAAAGAAAAAGAGGAAGAGUAUUGAUCCAGACUCGAUUCAAAGUGCCUUGUUAGCCUCAGGGCUGGGCUCCAACAGGCCGGGUUUUACAACUUCUGUUAACGCCCCCAUCACGCCUGCCACGGUCAAAACCGAGAGCCAGGAAAGCUGUUUUACAAGUCAGGACUCGGUGGAACUUGCCCAGAAAAUGAAGAAACAGCUGCUGGAACAACUAGAAGGAUUGGCUGAAGAUCUACCUCCCAACACCCUGGAUGAGCUAAUAGAUGAGCUGGGAGGACCAGAAAACGUGGCUGAGAUGACCGGUCGUAAAGGUCGCGUGGUCAGUAAUGAUGACGGCAGCAUCACCUAUGAAUCCCGCUCUGAGCUGGACGUCCCUGUAGAAAUCCUUAAUCUCACAGAAAAACAGAGGUUCAUGGAUGGAGAAAAGAACAUAGCCAUCAUCUCAGAAGCUGCCAGCUCGGGUAUAUCCCUGCAAGCUGAUCGACGUGUGAAGAACCAGAGGAGGAGAGUCCACAUGACACUGGAGCUGCCGUGGAGUGCAGACAGAGCUAUACAGCAGUUUGGGCGAACACACAGGUCCAACCAGGUCACAGCUCCAGAGUAUGUCUUUCUCAUAUCGGAACUUGCAGGAGAGCAGAGAUUUGCAUCCAUUGUUGCCAAAAGACUUGAAAGCCUGGGGGCUCUUACUCAUGGAGACAGACGGGCGACAGAAACUCGAGAUUUAAGCAGGUUCAAUUUUGACAACAAGUAUGGCAGGAAUGCUCUGGAAAUUGUGAUGAAGUCUAUUGUAAAGCUCGACGCUCCAUUAGUGCCUCCGCCCUCGAACUUUAAAGGGGAUUUCUUCAGAGAAAUUCAAAGUGGGUUGAUAGGUGUAGGCCUGAUAAAUGUGGAGGACCGAUCUGGAGUGCUUACACUGGACAAAGACUACAACAACAUAGGAAAAUUUCUGAACCGUAUAUUGGGCAUGGAGGUCCAGCAGCAAAAUGCUUUGUUCCAGUAUUUCUCUGAUACACUGGCAGCAGUGAUUCAGGAAGCCAAGAAGAAUGGCAGAUAUGACAUGGGCAUUCUGGAUCUUGGCUCUGGUGAUGAGAAGGUGAAGAAGGUUGACUGUAGAAAGUUUCUGACACCAGGCUACACUACAUCAGGACACGUGGAACUCCACACUGUCGGUGUGGAAAGAGGAAUGUCUUGGGAAGAAGCUACACACGCCUGGGCAGAGCAGAAUGGAUCAGAUGAUGGCUUCUAUGUCCAGAUGAGAAAUAACAGGAAAACAGCCAUACUGGUCAAAGAAGUGAACACUAAGAAGAGGCUGUUCCUGGUGUACAGGCCAAACACUGGCAGACAAGUCAAACUGGAAACGUAUGGAGACAUCAAAAAGAAGUUUAAAAAGGUGCUGUCAGAAGAUGCCAAGCAGCACUGGACUGACCAGUAUCAGUCAUCAGCAAAAAUAUGCUCUCAUGCAUACUGGCGCGGUAACUGCAAGAAAGCAUCAGUGGGUCUGCUGUGUGAAGUUGGGCUACGCUGCAGGACGUACCAUGUUCUGUGCGGCUCUGUGCUCAGUGUGUGGAAUGAACUGGAAGAAGUGCUUUCUCCAGUCAGUGGAAGCAACGUCAAGGUGCAGAUUGUCCGCCUCCGAACAGAAGAUGGACAGAGGAUAGUUGGGUUGAUCAUUCCAGCAAACUGUGUGUCUCCAUUGAUUAACAAGCUCUCAACAUCAGACCAGAACCAGCAGCUGGCUGUGCAGGAGCAGCAGAAGAGGCAGCUGCUCCACCCUCAAAGUCUUACUCAUAUAAUCAACACAUAACGUAGUUUCAGUCCAAACUCUGCCCCCUGAGUCCACGAUCCACUCAGCAGGCAUCUGGUUCUGAUAAUGUGUUGGUGCGCUGCAUGCUACAGGGCCGCUGUUCCUCUCUCUCCACAGUUGUCCCCUGAGGGCCCAAAGUUUGGUGGCAAGCUGUGCUGACUGUUGGAUGUAAAACAGUAGUUGUAUUCCUUCACCUGUUUGUGCUAUUGUUUUCACAUGAAGAUCUCUUAUUGUACUCUGAUAUUCAGAGUGAGGUUUGUGAUGCAGUCAAGACAGCUUUAAACUAGGAGGGCACAGAAUGUGAGCCGUCCACUUCCUGUUGAAUUUUCAAGCCUGUUUUGUCAAGUUUUUGUCAAGCUGUUUUGGCAUGCAGCAAAAAGUUCCUAAUUCCAGGCUAAAGAUGAAUGAAACAAAACCACUAGACUAGGGUCAGCCUGCUUUUAACACCGACCAACUUGUUUAGCUGUUUUUGUUUGUUUUGCAGACGGGUCUCAUCUUUAGCAAAUUUGGUAUAUUUGUUUUAUUUUGGAUUCCAUAACUUAGUUUCUAGGAAAAACACAUGCAGUGACAUAAAGGCAUUUUAAACUACUGUCAGUUGGGCACAUCCAGAAAGCGUUAAGGAGAACUUUAUUAUUUACUAUCACCUCUCAUGUUGAUUAGUGAAGGAAAAAACAACCCAAAGUUAUUACUAAAAUGUUUUGAGUUGGAUUCAGUGGCUAAGUGUCGUCCUUCACUGUUAUAAGCAGUAUAAAGACCUGAAAUAAAUGGUUUGAGGUUUAAAUAUGCUCUAGUGUUAAAUGGUAUAAAUGUAACGUUUCGAAAAGACAUUUCUUCCCCUGUAGUUUUUGUUUUUAAUGUCUGUUACUGGUCAUUAAACGAUAACAGUAUCAAGUGUUUGAGACCCAGAAAAAAACUUUAUAUACUCUGAGAAAUAGGUCUCUAGACAUCCAUCACUGCACUAGUGUCAUAAAUCAAUUAUUAAAUGUCAUUUAUAUUGCUUAUAUAUGCUGUUGGAAAUGCCUUGCUACUCUGCCAUUUAAAGCGAAGCUAAGAAAAUUACUAAGGAAUACCCAGCCAAAGGGUUGUCACUAGAAUGAAAAAGGCCUGGUCCUUGUAACAACCAUCUUUUUUGCUUUUUACAAAAAAAAAAACAGCUCAGGGGUUCAUCUCUUAAAAAAACCCAAAAUCAUAUAUUUUAGUGCAUGUCUGACCAGAGUUUUCAUUUAACAUUUCUCAGUGCUCCUUGUUUAGCUGGAUUUAAAGCUCGUCUCUUCAUUGCACAUAUUUCAUACUCCUCUCCACUUUCCAAGCCUUCUUGAGUCCAGGUAUAAUCAAAUCUGUUUCUGUGGAAUAGCACACCUCUUCUGAACCUUUGGGAUUGUAUUAAAUUAUACACAAUCUGCACUGGACAGGACAGACCACAUUCAGGGUGCAUGAUCUUUGCUGAGAGUGAAGAAUGAAAAGCAGGAUGGUUUUGUAUGGAGGUAUGCAUCCUGACUCUCUGGAUUAGAUACGAUUAUGUUCAUUAAGUCUGUGUCCUCUCCUGACUGAUAAUACAUUCAACAAAUUGCUUUGUAUUAUUUGUACAGCUUGGAAUUCUUCAUGCAUCUUUCUGGACACCAUUGGGGAGAUGCUGCUUAUGUGUUUAAACUUGAAUGUGCACCUUGUAAAAGCCAACACCUCAUGUUUUGUCUCUCGGGGUGUCGUGUGUAUAUAAGAGAGUAAUUUGUGAAAUGCCAUUGAUAAAAUGAAAAAAGAAUGGCAAGUAGAUCCUUCUGAAGUUAAAACUCUUGAACUGUUUUCUUUUCUCCCUAUUCAUUGCACGAGUUGCACUACUGUCAAAUGUACAAGUCAACAUUGCGUGUAAAUGCAUCUUCAAUAAAGCUUGGUAUAUAUACUUCUA